GAAAAUCAGAAGGAUAACCUAACAAAAGGGAAGGAAGGGAAUCCAGAAUGCCUAAUGGCCCGUUAAGAAAAGAGUACCACAUUUUUGCCAACUUGCCACACUUGUCACUGUAGGAACACUGUAACAGAAUAGCUAAUCAAAACCAAAAAUUUCUGCAGUUCAAUGAUCUGGGCAACGUUUGUAUGGUGAUGGCAAGGGCUAGAAAUUGUUGCAUGCACCCAAAACGCGUAGCUUUGAUCUGGGUUCUUUGUUCAUUUCUCUUCUUUUGUGCUUUCCAGAUGAUUCUCAAGAAUUCAUCCCUUAAUAACCCAACUUCAUCUUCAUCUUCAUCUUCUUCAGAUGCCUCAAUGUCAAACACGCAGAAGAGAGCACAUUUGUAUGAGAAAAUGGCAGGGAAUUUAGAGGAACAUGGGCCAGCUUUCCUUAAACAUGGAGAAACUUCUCAGUCAUUGUCACUUUCUGAUUUAUUUAGUGUAAAAGAUGGUGUUGUAACACCUAAUCCCAAGGCAGCUAAUCCCCCUGUACGAGCGAAUGUUUUGUACUUAAGCACUGAAUAUUCAGUUCCCAUAGCAAAGGCUGUUAAAAUGGUGUUUUCACCUUACUUCGACAAAGCAAUCUGGUUUCAGAAUUCAAGUUUGUACCACUUUAGCAUGUUCCAUGCCUCGCAUCAUAUUGCACCUGUUUCUGCCACUCGUGAUGAAGUUGAAGCUGAAGCCAAUGCAGUUAAAAGUGUUGCUGAAUCACUUUGCCCGUUGAAAAUCAUUCUAGAUAGGGUGGUUUUGACUUCAACUGGUGUUCUACUUGGUUGCUGGCAGGUAACUUCUGGCACGGAUCCAACUACUGUACGUGCUAAGCUGAGGGCAGCCCUUCCGCGUGCACCGGAAAAGCAGCUUUAUGAUGAUGCAAUACUUCAUACUUCAUUUGCUAGGCUAUUGGGUCCUCCAAGAAUUAUAGACAGGGAUGCAGGCGAAACUGCAGACAACAUUAAAUUGUUUCAUAAGCUGGUGGCUCACUUGAACAAUCAAAUUAGUGGAUUUCAGGCCAUCGUUUCUGAACUCUGGUAUGUAGAGGAACUCGAUGUGCUUGCACUUGCAUUGGAUGGAAGGAUGAAUGCUCGAAGAUUUCAACUUAACUGCUCUUAAGCCUGAGACUUCUGAACAUAAACACAGCCAUGUCUAGGUUAUAGAUACUCAUACUGCAGGUUGUAAUAUGUUGCAUAUUGUAUAGUACUUGAAAUUGAUCAGACCCUGCUAUAUUACUGUAAAAAUCUCUGAUUGAUACACAACUAAAUGUGUGGAUUCAAUUUUCCUCCCGGUAAAUGAUUUCUCAUUUUCACCCGGGUGUAGGAUGCACACCCUGAUA